GAAUAUUCAUGCCAUCCUUCCCGCGCGAAGAAAAUUGAUUACGCUUUGAAAAUAGCUGCCGUUCGAGGAAAAGUCGACGAUCUUCCCGCGAGGUGCAUCUCUCUGCUGCAAGAAGUUAAAGAUCUCAUUGAGGCACAUAACAGCGGUUAGGAAAAUGCGAACGAAACAGCUGCUUUCACGUUAAGCGAAAGACAGGCUCGGCCAUUGUCUACAGUGCAACAACAUUAGGGAAACGCCAUCCAAUAGAGAGUGAUGCAGAAUUGUCGAUGACUCUUCGCUCCUUAUUCAGCUGCCUGUUCCUCUUCUGCCUCUGCAAGACCUCCAGCGGCCAAAAAACCACGGACCUUUCAGGUCGAAGAGACUUGGACUCAUACCUUUUUCUGCCUUGGAUCCACACAUGCUAUUUCUGUCCCUUCAUGUGCGCAAAAAAUUGCCUUGCAGAGUGCUGAACUCGGACGCUGGAAAGUGGUGUUUUUCGUGUAAGGGAACUGCACUUGAUGUAAAACCAGAUUGGAAAGCGUGUACCCAAAAUUGAAAACCGGUGGUGGGUUUGAAUUGCUUUCGUUAAUCACCCCUUCACAAGGGGGAUAUUCAGUAGCAUUCUUGCGCGUCGCUGCCGGACUUGGCCAAGCACUGGCCUACAUCAGGCCACUCCAAAAGGAUUUGAACAUGUUAAAGAAUCUAAGUACUGAACAGGUAAGUGAAUACAAGACCAGUUUAAUUAAAACCCCCUGGAUUAGUUGA